AUUUUUUAUUUUAUUAUAAACAUCACACCAUCUAGUAAAAUAACGUCAGUUUUGAGUUAAGAACUCCACUGAUAAUGCUUGUUUUGACACUCUUUAGAAAACCUCUGAAGUUUUUGAUAUGGACCCAAAAGAAGUUGCUGAAAUCCCCACCUCAGCCGGGAAGAUUGUUAGAUCUGAGAGGAAGAGGCGGGCUUCCGAACAUGAAGGUUCAAGCAAUCGGAUCCAUCUCAAAAUUUUUGGCCAUGACGGUGUUCUCUCCACUUACCGCAUUCGUCGUGACAAGCCGAUGCAAAAGUUUUUGAAACGGUACUGUCAAGACCAAAAUUUGGAGUAUCUUGCAACAGACUUUCUUUAUGAAGGGGAGAGACUUCGAAAACUUAGCACCCCCGAUGAGCUUCGGUUGGAGGAUGGAGAUCAGAUUGAGGCAUUUGUUCGAGCAGAUGGAGGAGGUCAUAAGGCUGUCUAAAGCAAUUAGCUAGUGAAGUUUAGAGAGCCUGAAAAAAUAG